UUCACCUCUUCGCUUCUCCUCCUCUCCUUCGUUGAAAUUCGAAAUCGAGAAAAAAAAAAUCAAAUGGCGGAAGAGAUUGAGAAAUCGAUGCCGGCGGAGCAAUCUCUGAUGGACAAGAUCUCGGAGAAGAUCCACCACCACGACUCGUCGUCCGACUCCGAGUACGAGAAGCCUGAUUCGCCGUCGGCUGUGAAGGCGAAGAUCUACCGCUUGUUCGGCAGGGAGAAGCCUGUUCACAAGGUCCUCGGCGGUGGAAAGCCUGCUGAUGUGUUCUUGUGGAGGGAUAAAAAGCUGUCAGCUGCAGUUCUCGGUGUGGCGACUGCUAUUUGGGUUCUCUUUGAGCUGGUUGAGUAUCAUUUGUUGAGUCUCUUGUGUCACGUUUCGAUUCUUGCUCUUGGAGGCUUGUUUCUGUGGUCCAAUGCUCACACUUUCAUCAAGAAGAGUCCACCUCAAAUUCCAGAGAUCCAUGUUCCAGAGGAGCCUUUCCUUUUGAUUGCCUCUUCCCUGAGAAACGAACUAAACCAAGGUUUUGUUAUCCUGCGAAGCAUUGCCUUAGGCAGGGACCUUAAAAAGUUCCUCAUGGUUGUUGUUGGUCUAUGGAUCAUCUCGGUGGUGGGGAACUGGUGCAACUUCCUGACUCUGGUGUACAUCUGCUUCGUGUUGUUGCACACAGUGCCAAUGAUGUACGAGAAACACGAGGACAAGGUUGAUCCGUUUGCAGAGAAAGCGUUCAAGGAGUUGCACAAACAUUACCUUGUGUUCGAUGAAAAGGUUGUUUCCAAGAUUCCCAUUGCUUCCCUCAAGGCUAAGUUGGGUUGAACAGAGACUUAUAUGUCUGUUUCCUUUUGCUUUUUGGUUUUUAUACAUUGAUCAAUGUGGAAUUUGGUGGCCAUUUUCAGAGUUUUGAACGCUAAUGGUCCAAAUGUCAUGUAUCACAUUUUGAUUGCAACUCAAUUUUUUUUUGUAUUUUUCUGUUAAAAAAAAACUAUUUGCCUUUUUAUUAUGACUUCUUAUGGA